AUGAGUUCCAUAACAAAGGAAUGUAAAAAUAAGUUUAUACCAGACGAUAUUGAUGAUUUCAUAACGUUUGAGCCAAAACUAUCGCCAAAAUGUAAGAAGACUCUAAAGCGUCGUAAACUAGUUGAUGAAAUGGAUCAAGACAUUCGUGGAAAAGAUGUUUACAAUAAAAAGGGCAAAAAAAGUAAUAGAAUUACUAAUGACUCCCAAAUAUGUAGCGAAUAUAAACAGAAGAUAUUGAAUAAUAUGAACGAGCAGUUGAACUCCGGAAAACAAAUGAACGAGACUAUGCAAAAGAAAGUUUCUGAAUUCAUAACAGAUUUGGAGAGAGAUUACUCUGUCUUAAAAAACAAUGUGAAAGAGUUGGAAGAAUUCACUACUGCCACUAUGAAUUGCCUGCAUCAAACUACAACUGCGAUUAAGCAAAAAAUUGAUAUUUUAAAGGAAAUGGAACAGACUUAUAAAAAACAAUGUAAAGCUACGGACGAAACACACCAAUUAGAAAUAAACCAAUUAGAGGAAGAUUUAAAUAGAGAGGUGGAGAAAGUAAAAGAAAAAUUGGCAUCUGCAACUAAGAAGAGUUAUUUAGACAUGUUUCAACGUUCGUUUAUUCAAGCUAUGAAGAAUAAUAAUUAG